AUGCUUCCAGCACUGUAUUUAUCUGUUUGUAUUGUCUCAGUUAUUUUAAAUUUUGUAGGAAUAAUUGUGAAUCUAUUUAUUGCAGUGGUCAUUUAUAAAACUUGGGUCAAAAAACAUAGAAUCUCCUCUUCUGAUAGAAUCCUGUUCACCUUGGGCAUCACCAGAUUUCUUAUGCUGGCAUUGUUUCUACUGAACACUUUUUACUUCUCUUCAAAUGCUCAAAGGUCAGUCUGCUUUUCCACAUUUUUACUUUUGUGUUGGAGGUUUUUGGAUUCUAGCAGUCUCUGGUUGGUGACCUUGCUUAACAGUUUGUACUGUGUGAAGAUUACUAACUUCCAAUACUCAGUGUUUUUUCUGCUGAAGCGGAACAUCUCCACAAAGGUCACCAGACUGCUGCUAGCCUGUCUGCUGAUUUCUGCCUUCUCUACUCUCAUGUAUCAUGUGCUCAGACAGAUAUCACGUUUUCCUGAAUUUGUGGCUGGGAGAAAUGACACAUUAUUUGACCUUAAUGAGGGCAUCUUGACUUUGGCAGUCUCUUUGUUCUUGAGCUCAUUACUCCAGUUUAUGCUUAAUGUGACUUUUGCCUCCUUGCUAAUACAUUCCUUGAGGAGACAUAUACAGAGGAUGCAGAGAAACUCCACUGGCUUUUGGAAUCCCCAGACUGAAGCUCAUGUAGGUGCUAUGAAGCUAAUGAUCUACUUCCUCAUCUUGUACAUUCCAUAUUCGACAGCUACCCUGCUCCACCUUCCUUCUUAUAUAAGCAUGGAUUUGAGUACCAGAGCCAUUUGUUUGAUUAUUUCUACUGUUUAUCCUCCAGGACAUUCUAUUCUCAUCAUUCUCACACAUCCUAAAUUGAAAACGACAGCAAAAAAGAUUAUUUGUUUCAACAAAUAGUGGAGUUUCAGUACUAAACAUUGGCUGGAUCACCUUAUGGUUUGAGAGCAAGAUUUUUCUCUGAUAUAAAUUUUCCCAAUGACCUGAAGAAUUUAUUUUGUGACCCCUUAUCUGACAUCCUGGAUCUUUGAGCCCUUGUAUUUCAGUUAAUUCUGAAUGU